AUGGAGAAAAUAGUGAAGUUGGCAUCAGAAAAUGGGAUAUUGAUAUUCAGCAAGAGCAGUUGUUGUUUGUGCUACACGGUUCAGGUGCUGUUCCAGGAGAUCGGGGCCCGGCCGCUGGUGUACGAGGUGGACCACGACCCAAUGGGCCACGAGAUCGAGUUGGCCCUCCGGAGGUUAAUGGGCUCCGACUUUGGGCCUCUGCCGGCCGUGUUCGUUGGUGGUGAGCUUGUGGGGUCCACCAAUGAGGUGAUGUCACUACACCUCAGUGGCUCAUUGGUUCCCUUACUAAGGCCGUACCACGUGCAGUAA